AUUGUUAUAUUGAACUUAUAAAGGACGACGGUUCGAAAUCAGACGUUUUGUCUAUACGUCCUAUACGCCUUAUUAGUACUACUUUGAACACUUCCUUCGCAUACGAAUUAUCUCUAAUCUAUACGAAAACCGAUCAAAGGAAAGACAUUACAAUUGUCCAGAUAAUUUUACGAUAUAUGUUUUAAUUCAGCUGCCAUAGUCAUUAUACUUAACGUCUGUAAUCCAAUGAAUUCUUCAAAUGUUGAUCUCCUGUGCACCGGGACCGAGGGGAUGUCUUCAUAUCUGCUACAUAGUAAUAACUGUCACAAUAGUGAUGGUGGAGUACUGGAAUCCCUGCUGCAGAAAAUCCAUAGCCUGGAAAAAGAACGUCGGAUUCUCAAGCUUCGUUUGGAGGCUGUUGAGAGUGAUUAUGAUGCUCAAGUAAAAGAACUACAGACGGAUAUAAUUGCCAUGCGUAUAGACCUAAAAAAGGAAAAGAAAAUGUGUAGACAGAUGGAACGUGAGAAAAAUACUACUAUAUCGGAGCUAAUGCAACAGAAUCAAUCUUUAACUUGUCGGCUUAAUACUUCCAGUGAGAAUGAAGCUCUUUUAAGAGAGGAAAUGUCUACCUUGAGGUUGGAAUUUUUAAAGCACAAGUCGUCUAUGCAAGAACAUGUUCAGUCAAUCGAGUCUUUGAGACAAGAAAUCACUAAAUUACGUGAGGAGAAACAUCACUUAGAAAACCAGUUAAACACCGUUGUGGAGGAAAGAAAUAGCCUUCUAGAGUCACUCAAUGAUUCUUAUCAAGAAAUAAGAAUGAUGAGACAUGUGAAUAACGAACACGUCGCUACCAUAAAUAUUCAGGACGCAGAGAUUACAAGACUUCAAGAGACAGCUAGUAUACUUCACAACCGGCUCCAUAAAUUGUCGAUCCAAACAGGUGAACAGAAAUCUAGUAGUAAUGAGGAUGAUCGCGUGAAACCAGUAGACUCUCAACCACAUCGUUCUUUAAUGGCUGAACUGGCUGAGCAAAAAAUGAUUCAAGCAGAGAAUUAUAAUUGUUCACCAUUUACUCUGGAGGAUGAUGACAAUGUGGAGUUUGAAAUGGAUGACGAUACAUACAUGGCUUACUUAUCAUGUUUUGAUCAGGAUAUUAUUUCAGAUAGUUUGGUACCGUCUGAUUCACACAAUAUUCCAUUGGAAUCUUCUAAUGUGAAUACGAAGGAAACAUUUAUAAACGAGCUGAGAUCGGAAGUAACGGAAAUUUAUCAGCAGAUGAACCGAAUGUGUGUGGAAUUAUGUGCUCUUACUGGAACGAAACAAGAAUCUUGUAGUAAAGUUGGUACGCAUACUCCUGAUGAAUUGGCCAUGGUUGAAAUGGAUUUUCGUUUGGGCUCAUUACGUUCUGUAUUGACUGAUUUACGUGGACUGCUGAAAGAUUUGAGGAUUGAUAUUCCAGAACAGCCUACAUCAUCAAACUUAUCUAAAGAUACAGUAAUAUCAGAUGGAAAAAAAGCAGAAACAAUUGAACCUAUUCGUAUGUCCAGUUCAACUAAUGUGCAGGAUAUUCCACUUGCUAAUUAUGAAAUGGAAUGUCAACUUGUUCGUUCAGAACGUGAUGCACUUGCAGCUGAACUAUUGAAUGCACAACAAGAACUUCUUGAUCUCAAAAGUCAAAUUGAAAAUAGUUCAGGAAACUCUAGUGAAGUGCAAAAUUUGCAAAACACUAAAGGAAAUAAUUUUGUUGCUAACUGGGAGGAGUUUGAAGAAGAAAAAUACGAAUUUGAAAUGCCUCUCUAAAUGAUCCAAUUUUAUUGAAUCUUUUAUUGUUCAAGGCUAUCAUAACUGCUGCAUAAUUCAAUACAAUGUUUGUUUCCUGCUUUUUUUCUCUCGCUUAGUCAUAUGUGCGUGUCGUUUAUUCGUUACUAUGAUUAUGACUAUAAUUAUCGUUUUCGUGAACAACGAAAUCAAUUUGUUUUUAAUAUGUUUUUCUUCUAACAAAAAUAUUCUGUGAUCUCAAACUGAUUGCAUUUAAUAUUAUUUUCCUUUUAUAUUUCUUGUUACUUAUACUGUCAUUAUUAAAUACUCAAUGAUUUGAAUUAAAUGUGUUUCUUAAACUUCAGUAUUACGCGUUAUUACAUUAUAUAUAUAUAUUAAAAUGUGUUUAUCACUUUGACAAAUAAUGAGGUGAAAUAAAGUUGUUGCAUAUAGAGUAUUAUCUACUAUGAACUGUUACUCUGAUGAUUCAGAAAUCCAUUUUGUUUGACAGAAGUUACUUUUCUAAGUUAUUCUAUAAUAGUUAGUACUAUUUAUUGAUUUCGAUAUUUCAACUGGGGAUAUGCUAUGCCAAGUGAUUGGCGAGUGAUGAUUUAUAUCUAUGUAGUUUUAUUUGGUUUAAUUCACAAAGUUGGCAUACAUAGAAUAGUAGAUAUUUUGAAAUAACUAUGUAUGUGAACUAGUACACCUAACAUUGUAAUAACCAUUACUUAUGUAUUAAUGAUGUAAGUUAUUGACACAAACAAACUUGUGUAACAAGGUUCAUAAAUUUUCAUUUAUUAUUGCCAUUUUAAACAGUUUCUCAUAAAUAUUUAAAUUUACUCUCUAAUCGCCAAAUUAUCAUGGAAUCCGUUAGACAAACUAUAACAAUAAAUAUCAUUAGUGUGAUUGUUGUAAACAA